GCUUGUCCUGUGCUGGCUCAAAGCCACGUUGCUGCUUCUCCAGAAUUCCAAACAAAUUCCUCUGCAGAAGGGAAUCCACAAGAUGAAGCCCAGGUUUAUCUGCAGCAGUUUGCCAGCUGGUUUGAUGAUCGGUUUCAUUGUUUUCCUGCUUCGACCCGUUUCCAACCAGAAAACCAGAAAUCAGAUUUAUUUCAAGGAUAAUGAAGGCGACAUUGUGUUAAAAGGACCAGACAAUCCUGGGAAUGACACUCUUGUCUGGGAAUGGGAACCGCACUCGAGGCGGGGAAAACAGACAGUGGUAACUCUCCGUAUCCAGGGCGGGGACACGUGGAGCAAACAGUGGGGCAAUGGCCGGGAAAACACCAUUAUGAACCAGGAGGUGGUUGUGGAUCUCCGUACUGUUAAUCUGACAAUAAAAAAACCCACAUUUAAAUGGUCGGGAUUGUUCACCUUGACUGAAACACAUCCGAGGAAAUUGAUCCUGAAACAAUAUGAAAUAUAUGGGAUCAAAGUUGAGGCAAGUCCAUAUCGCCCUCUGCUGGGCAGUGACGUCACACUCAGCUGCACCAUCUCCAGACUCUCAGAUACAGUCAGUCUUCACUGGAGACCAAUGGACUCAUCCCAGCAGAACAGGAGCAACACUGAUCAGAUCCGCCUGAAUAACACGGUCUAUCUGAUGAUCCGACAUGUUACAGUGGAGGAUGGGAAGUUGUAUGUGUGUGAAGUGAAGGAAAACGGAAACAUUGUUCACACCAGUAAUGGAAAUUUUACUGUAAACAACACUUUAUAUAAAACGAAAUACACAGUUUACCGCUCCAGCACAGAUCAUAGUGAACUUCACCUGGUUUGCUAUAACAGUCGUGGGGAUUCCAGUACUGCCAUGACCUGGACAUCACGUCGCCUUCAACAGCAACAACAGCAAGUAUUAGCAUCAACAACACACUCUCAGUCCAUCAAUGUCAAAGGGGCCGACUUCGGAAAUCGACUGGUGACGUCAGUGAAACCCUUCGAUGGCAAGGAUUUCAGUUUGAGGAUUGUCCCCGUUUUCUUUCAAGAUGCCAGAUGUUACAAAUGUUAUCUUGGAAAAGACACAUCAGUGAACGAGGUGGGAGUUUCUCCAUUUCUCACCAUUGAUCUAAUCACAGUGAAAGUCACAGCUGAACCGUCCGAUGCAGUGACUGAGGGAGACAACGUUACCCUGACCUGCUCUGUGUCUCACGUCACUGAGUCAAUGAGACUGGUUUGGAUCAAUGGUGAUGACAAAAGUGUUGGAGAAAAGACACUGACCGUGGAAGAGAAAUCACAGAAUCUGGUUAUUCAGAAAGUUGAGAGGGGCAGAGGGAACUGGAGAUGUGGUUUGUUUCAUCAACACCUGCCCCGGCUUUUAGUUCCGUACUAUCAGGAGCCCAGUGGUAAGCGACUCAGGGUUUGCUCUUCAUAUUUAGAAUUAUGGUCACAUUUUGAUGUGACUUAUUAUUGUCCAAUUUGCCAGCACUCACUCCUCCUUUAUAGCAUGUGUGGGAGACUCUGCUGUGGUGCAGUGCCUGGGAUUAUGGACAGUGGGAUAACUCCGUCUCCCUCGGCUAAUAUUGAAGCUUCCCUUUCCAUGUGACAUGUUCAAUGUGCGAUUGUUACAUCUUCAUGAUGCUGUGGAAAGUGCACGGACAUCUUUCAUGUACUUCACUGCUUUUAAAAUAGUUGUAAUGAAAAGUGUUGGGUAAAUCACACAAGUAACUUCUGCAUUGACAGUAAUGGAUCAUGAGAGAUGGGACAAAUAUGGAAGAGUGCAAACUGGUUGCCAUGGAUGUUGGGACAGGGGGGCUGUUUCCAUGUUAUUAGAUUCUAUGAUUCUAUGAAUUACAACUAACACUAUUUAAAGUACAAUUAUCCACGAUAUUCCACAUUACAUAUAACCAUAUAAACCAUAUAACAAUUACAGCACGGAAACAGGCCAUCUCGGCCCUUCUAGUCCGUGCCGAACACAUAUUCUCCCCUAGUCCCAUCUACCUGCACUCAGACCAUAACCCUCCAUUCGUUUCCCGUCCAUAUACCUAUCCAAUUUAUUUUUAAAUUAUAAAAUCGAACCUGCCUCCACCACUUCUACUGGAAGCUCAUUCCACACAGCUACCACUCUCUGAGUAAAGAAGUUCCCCCCUCAUGUUACCCCUAAACUUCUGUCCCUUAAUUCUCAAAUCAUGUCCUCUUGUUUGAAUCUUCCCUACUCUCAAUGGGAAAAGCUUAUGCACGUCAACUCUGUCUAUCCCUCUCAUCAUUUUAAAGACCUCUACCAAGUCCCCCCUUAACCUUCUGCGCUCCAAAGAAUAAAGAUUUAACUUGUUCAACCUUUCUCUGUAAGUUAGUUGCUGAAACCCAGGCAACAUUCUAGUAAAUCUCCUCUGUACUCUCUCUAUUUUGUUGACAUCCUUCCUAUAAUUAGGCAACCAAAAUUAUACACCAUACUCCAGAAUUAACCUCACCAAUGCCUUGUCCAAUUUUAACAUUGCAUCCCAACUUCUAUACUCAAUGCUCUGAUUUAUAAAGGCCAGCACACCAAAAGCUUUCUUUACCACCCUAUCUACAUGAGAUUCUACCUUCAGGAAACUGUGCACAGUUAUUCCUAGAUCCCUCUGUUCAACUGCAUUCCUCAAUUCACUACCAUUUACCAUGUACAUCCUAUUUUGAUUUGUCCUGCCAAGAUGUAGCACCUCACACUUAUCAGCAUUAAACACCAUCUGCCAUCUUUCAGCCCACUUCCAAAUGGCCUAAAUCUCUCUGUAGACUUUGAAAAUCUACUUCAUUAUCCACAACACCACCUAUCCUUUCUUUUCACUGCACAUCUCGUAUGUGUAUGUGACAAAUAAACUUGACUUGACUUGAUCUUAGUAUCAUCUGCAUACUUACUAAUUCAAUUUACCACACCAUCAUCCAGUUCAUUGAUGUACAUGACAAACAACAGUGGACCCAACACAGAUCCCUGUGGCACCCCAUUAGUCACCGGCCUCCAACCUGACAAAAGCCAUCCGCCAUUACUCUUUGGCAUCUCCCAUUCAGCCAUUGUUGAAUCCAUCUUGCUACUCCACCAUUAAUACCCAACAAUGGAACCUUCUUAAACAACCUUCCAUGAGGAACCUUGUUGCCCCUUUUCCGGGGUUACGUCCGUGCCCGGGUGGGAUUAGAAAGGGAAUACGCCCUGUCUGUGGGCACCCUGAGGGAGUUUCGGGACUGCUGGGCUCCGCAGGGUGUUGAAUGUAUCCUCAAUAAGGAUUGUAUCAUAAUUGUAUAGUAGUUUAUUAUGGAUAUAUGUUUGUAUUGUAUUUAUUGUGGUGGGUUCUGGC